AGUGCCCCAUUUGUUGCGAUCCACGAGGUAAGAAAAGUGCUAAACAUGCGACUUCAAUGGUUAAUAUUCGCGGGAAUCUUUGCUGCUCUGUUCUGUUCAUGGUGUUCACUUCGUUUUGAUUAAGCCAAAAAAAGCCUAACAGCGCUUUCUGUGUUCUUUCUUUCUUUUCUUUUUCUUUUUUUCAACUAAAGGGUGUGCUUUCGGUAAGCGUCAUCUUUCUCCUAUGAAGAAGCCGACUUUUUGGUAGUGUCGGCGGGGAGUUCCCCUUUUGUUUUAUUUAUUUUGUUGUUUUAAUAUUGCAAGAAAUGUUUGAAAACAACGUGCACUGAAUAAAAUAAAUAAAGCAGAGCUGCUUUCUACUGGGUAUUUUGGUUUGGUUUUUUGUUUGAAUCAGUGUCUGUCCAGAACAACUGCUUCAUGGAAUUUGUUUCUUGUCUUCAAUACGAUUUGAUUUGACUCUCUAGUUCUGAAUUCUCUCUCACUAGCUUCUUGGCUUCCUCACAAGCAAAGUAUCAAAUCUUGCUUUGGAUUAACAUUUUGGAUUGGAGCUUGUUCUAUUUCAUUCAAUCAAUACUGGGAUCACUUAAUCUUGCUGGAGUAUGGCUACCAGUAGGGUAUCAUCUGUCAAAUCACAGAAAAAAUGCCAGAGUGUCAAGACUGCUUUGACAUCUGCUGUUCUUGAAUGGUUAUUAAUUUGUAUGCUCUUCAUUGAUGCUAUAUUAUCUUGCUUAAUCACAAAAUUUGCUUCUUACUAUGAACUGCAAACACCAUGCCUGCUAUGCUCAAGACUUGAUCAUAUUUUAGGCAAUAAAAAGUUGAAAUAUUAUUGGGAUUUGAUCUGUGGCAAACAUAAGUUGGAGAUCUCAUCCUUAGUUCUUUGUCAUGCUCAUAACAAACUUGUUGAUGUCCAUGGAAUGUGUGAAACUUGCCUCUUCUCAUUUGCCACAAUCAACAAGUCUAAUGCUGAAACAUACAGAUUAUUGGUGGGUAAGUUGGGGGAGGGUUCUAGCUUUGGUUUAAAUGAGGACCCAUUGCUUGAGGAUCAUAUGUCAGUUCCAAGGCACUGUUCUUGUUGCAAUGAGCCAUGGAUUCCAAGAGGGUACAGCGAAAAGUUGAUGCAGACGAAAAUAGUUGGUUCUGAGACUGCUGAUGAUGGCCCUUUAUCAGGUGCUGUUGAAUAUGAGAAGGACAGCCUGAAGAAGAUCGAACGAUCUGCAUCUAUCAGAGCUACCCAUCAAAGAAUAAAUAGCGGGCCUGAUCAUUUAUCUCAUAUUGGUUAUACAGAGCUCAAUGUUAAUUCUGAUAAUGAAUCUGAAGUCCUGUUUUCUGAUGAUGAUAAUGAUGCAAAUGCUCGAAAUUGUGAAACUAAUCCCAAUGAAGAUAUUGCAGUUGGAUAUGUGCAGACUGAGCCUCGCAUUAUUACUCUACCUGAUGAUUUAGCCUCAGCAAAAUUGAUAGAUGCAGUUACUGCACCUCAGAUUCCAAUUUCAGUCUCACUCUCACAUAUACAGUCAGGUUUUAUCGAGUCCCAUGGUGUUACUUCUAUAUCUCCUACAGUUGCCAUGGGGCAUUGUUUUGAAGAAUUUGAUUGUCAACAAGCUGAUGUCAAGUCUGAUCUCUAUGUAUUUCCUGAGCUGAUUUCCAUUGAUGAAGUUCCUCCAUCAUCAAUUGCCAAAGAAACUCCCAUUGAAGUAUCAGAAGAAAGCAAGCAUAGUUUCCUGCACGAUGUUCCUGCAUCAUUGAAUACCAAAGAAACUCUUGUGGAAGCAUCAAACGAGAGUACACUUAUUUCAGUAGAGGAUGUUACUUCAUCGUCAGUUGCUGGAGAAACUCCUCUGCAAGCAUCAGAAAAGAGUAAUCUUAUUUCUGUAGAUGAUGUUCAUCAAUCAUCAGAAAGCAAAGAAACCCCAGCUCAAGUAUCAACAAAUGGCAAGCUUGUUUCUAUUGUUGAUGUCCUUCCAUUAUCAAGUGCAGUGGAAACUCCUUUUCAAGGUUUGGAAGAUAAUUGUAUUGCUAGAACUGAGGAAAUUCAGCAAAUAGCUGUGACAGAUUGUGAGGAGAUCUGCAAGACAAAAUCUAGAUCAGCUACAAUGACUGAAACAGCUGCAGAAACAAACCCUGUUUCAAGUGAUAGUGGUCUGCUAGUGCCCAACUUGUUGGAUCUUGGUGAUGCUUAUAAGCUAGCAGUUGGCGGUAGGGGGAGACAAUUAUCUGGAGCUCUUGCAGAACAAUGGAUAGGGAAAGAUUCUUCAAGACUCAGUGAUGAUUUGAAGCUCUUAUUUUCACAGUUAUCUGCUGCUCGAGAGCAGUCAUUAAACGAUACAAGUCCCAGAGUUCCUAUGAGCCCAGGAGUCUCUAUGAGUCCAAAAUUGUCUGUAAAUAGUGAUGAAUUGAAGAAUCCUGAUGCUUCUAGUGCCAUAGGAAUGCAAAUACUUCAAAAGAGAAUCUCACUUGAGAGAAAUGAGUCUGUUCUUUCUCUGGAUGGAAGCAUUGUCAGCGAAAUUGAAGGUGAAAGUGUGGUUGAUAGGUUGAAACUGCAGAUUGAGCAUGAUAAAAAAUUGCUGAGUGCUUUAUACAAGGAAUUGGAAGAAGAAAGAAAUGCAUCUGCAAUUGCAGCAAAUCAAGCAAUGGCUAUGAUUACUAGACUGCAGGAAGAGAAGGCAACACUCCAAAUGGAAGCCCUGCAGCACUUGAGAAUGAUGGAAGAGCAAGCUGAGUAUGAUAUGGAAGCCCUGCAAAAAACAAAUGACCUCCUCAUAGAGAGGGAGAAAGAGCUUCAAGAUCUAGAAGCGGAGGUUGACUUUUAUAGGAACAAUCUCCCAAGUGAAUCAUUAUUGGAGGAUACCAAGGAAUGAAUUUCUGAUUUGAAGACAAAAGAUAUCAAGGAGGAGCACUCAGAAGCUAGUUCCGUUGAAGUAACUGUAAGAACACCGAGAAAAUCCAUUACUGAAAAACCAGAUAUCUGCGGCAAGGAAGAGAUAUGUCUUCUGUGGAUAAUAAUAUCGGUAAUGUGAAAAUUUUAUUGCUAGAUUUUGAAGAUGAAAGAUUGUAUAUCUUACAGUGCAUGAAAAAAUUGGAAAACAAGCUUUGCCUGUAUUCUAAUAAUCAACUAGACUUUGCUAAUGGUGAAUAUUAUGAAAACGUAGAAGAAAGGGUAAAAGACUUGAAGGAAAUGAAUAACCAAUUGGGAUAUCAAGUAAACAGUGGAGCAGAAGAGAAUGACUUGUCAACACAGAAUGAUGAAAUGGACCUGUUAAAGGACAUGCUUUGUCAAUUGAGAAAUCUGAGUUAAUUGGUAAUGAAUGUAAUAAAAAUCUUUAUAGUGGGCAAAGCUCUCCUCUGCCCUCUGGGGGGAUUGAUCUGUAUUCUCUUGCGACUAGGGUUUCUGACCUGAAUGAGAGGUUAAAAGUUCUCGAGGCAGGCAGGAAUUUUCUUGAGCAUAACUUCAACUCAAUCAGAAAUGGAGAGGAGGGAUUUCGAUUCAUUCAAGAAAUAGCUUCGCACCUGAAAGAAUUAAGAAGGAUUGGGAUAAGAAGGGAGCAAAACAUUGCUGAAGGCUUCAUCUAAAAACCAUCACAAAUAUGCUUGUGAGAGAAAAGAGAUACUUUGAUGCUUCAGAAGUAGAAAGGCUAUUUAUUCAUAGUACACUCAAAUCUGGUAAUGAAGGUUGGCAAUCAAAUGUACAGUUCCUUUUAAGUUUUUUUCCUCUCACUUUCAUUAAUAUUUUUUUUUGGUGUGACUGGUGAAUAUAAUGUACAAGAGCUGAUUUUUUGUGUGUAAAAGAGAGUAUUGUGACAAUAAAUAGUGAAAAAUUUAUCAUUCAACAUGAGCAGAUCCAUGUUUCAAUUUGUACAUUACUUCAAUGAAAGAAUUAAGAAUUUUCAUAUUA